AUGGUUUCCAAAAAGAAAAAUAAAAGAUCACAUAAAGAUAUAACAAAGACACCUAGCUCACCAUCUGAUAGAAGUGAUGACAAUGCACCUAUAGAUACUGAUACAUCGAAAAAUUUAGAUCUAAUUAACCAGCUACUUAAUAAUGGAACUGAUAUCGAUGAUCUCUAUCUAAAGAAGAUUGCUAAUUUUAAAAUUAAAAAAACUUUGAAAUACUUUUGGAAUGCAUUGAUGUUUAGUUCAACUCUGAGACAUGCACCUGGACUGAGUGAUGAUGAUGAUGGAGAUUUCCAUCUUGAAAUUCUGAGCGAAUUCUCACAAUUGAUGAAAGCUAUGGAGCCAUACUGUGACCUUGAAGAACAACAACAAGAUGAAUCACACACAAUCACCGGUCCCCAGGUUUUUGGACAAGUAACCAACACCCAAGCCAAACUACCAAAUAGAAGUGAGAGAAGAAAAAGAAAAUAA